GGAGAAGGCGGCAUAAGAUUUAAGAAUUAAGACAGAAAGCAAUAACUUUUAGGCGCAGAAAAAUUAGUAAUUGUAAUAAAAAGAAUCGCACGCUGCAGCCACAAACGACCAUUCUGUCUCCGAUGUCAACCAGAAAGACCAGAGGAGGCAGAAACCACCGUAAUCACCACCGUACCCCUCACCACGACGACGACGAUGACUCCUUCACUCCGAAGCCUCUCCACCAACAACAUCAUCGUCAGCAGCAGCAUUCCACUCCUCCGACUCACCACCGCCGCGGCCACCACAACCAUUAUCAACAACCAAAAUUGCGUUUCGUCAAGAAAUCCGAACUUGAUUCUUCUGCUUCUGAUUCCCUCCUUACCUCCGAUCCUGUGGCGGUGCCUGCUGCUGAUCACGUGACACCGCCACCACACGAGAACCACAAAGAAGAAGAGAACGAGAACAACAACAACAACAACAACAUCAGUGUCACUGAUGCCGUGACAGUAACAAGAGAGGUAGAUCACAAGGCUUGUUCGAGCAACAGCAAGGAGGUGGAUGACGACGAUGCCGAUGAUUAUGUUGUGAAUAGGCUUCGUAGGUUAUUGGAUGCUGUGGAAGAGCCUGCGUUAAUGGAGGAGCAGCUCAGUACCAAUGACCAAUUGCAGGAAGAUGAGUUACUUGUGGUGGAGUCGAUAUACGGAGAAAAUGUUAACAAGCUUGAAAGCUGGAAAGGCCUCCGUUGUUUUCAGAUCCAAAUACACAUCGAAGUUUUGGGUGAAAUUGCCAUUAUUGCUAAGCUGAACUCUUCUAAUGAACUUGAUGUUGCAAGCGGCAAUUCGGAUGACUUCUUUUACUCUUUCAAAGUUCAGUAUCUUCCACCAAUCGUUUUGACCUGCUUAUUGCCCAAGUCAUAUCCAAGCCACCAACCACCUUUAUUUACAGUCUCUGUUCAAUGGUUGGAAUCUUUAGAUAUUUUAAGUCUAUGCUCCCAGUUGGAUUCUAUAUGGGCAGAGCAGCAAGGGCAAGAAGUAAUAUACCAGUGGGUUGAUUGGUUACAAAGUUCUUCUCUUUCUCACCUGGGAUUUGAUAAGGAAAUUAUCCUUGGUCGGAAUGGCGUGAAUUGUGUUGGAGAUGAGCGUGUUGUUUCAGGUUCCAUAUCCCUUGAUGCUGCUAUUCCUUUCUUGCGAGGUUACAAUAAAGAGCGGCAUAAUGAGAACUUCCUCAAAGAAUUACAUGAGUGUAGCAUUUGCUUUAGCGAAUAUCCAGGUACCGAGUUUGUCCGGUUACCAUGUCAGCAUUUCUUUUGCUUGAAAUGCUUGCAGACCUUCACUCAGAUGCAUGUAAAAGAAGGCACCAUUAGUAAUCUUCAAUGUCCUGAUUCAAAAUGUAAGGUUAUGAUUCCACCUGGCCUUUUGAAACACUUGCUUGGUGAUGAAGAGUAUGAGCGCUGGGAAUCCAUGAUGCUGGAGAGAACACUUGCAUCAAUGUCUGAUGUUGUUUAUUGCCCAAGGUGUGAAACACCUUGCAUAGAGGAUGAAGAUCAGCAUGCUCAAUGCUCAAAAUGCUUUUUUAGCUUUUGUACUCUUUGUCGGGAACGACGCCAUGUUGGCAUAGCAUGCAUGACACUAGAUAUGAAACUUCAAAUUUUGCAGGACCGUCAAAAUUCGUCCCAAUUAAAGGAAGAUCAAAAGCUACGGGAACGGGAGAAGAUCAAUGAAAUGCUUAGUAUGAAAGAAAUUCAUCGAGAUUCCAAGUUGUGCCCUUCUUGUAGCAUGGCAAUCAACCGAACCGAAGGUUGUAACAAAAUGAAGUGCAGUAACUGUGGAGCAUACUUUUGUUACCGCUGCAACAAAUUAAUUGAUCCAUCAGACCCAUAUGGGCAUUUCAGGGAUGGAUCCUGUGAAUUGUUCCCACAAGAAAUGAUUGAGAACUGGCAAGAGCGCAUUAACCAUCGCCAGGUCGUAGGACAACUACAGGCUGAACUCUUUCGGGAACGCGGCCUGCCCUGUCCUAACUGUCGUCAGUUCAAUGCAAAGGUUGGAAACAAUAAUCACAUGUUUUGCUGGGCAUGCCAAAGCCAUUACUGCUACUUGUGCAACGAAAUUGUGAGGCGCGGGUCUAAGCAUUAUGGUCCAAAGGGCUGCAAACAGCACACUGAGGGAUAAUCUUUGUUUAGCAACAUUAUAAAACAGGUCAUUAGGUGAUUCCAGAUUAGGGAGCUGCGUGCAAAACAUGGAAACUAUGUUAUAUACGUCUUCCAAGUUUCAAUUGUAUUAUAUCUCUGUGUCUCACACAAUUUUGUUUCCUGUUAUUCUUUUUCUGAAUGAUCAAUUAUUCUCUAUUCUAUAUGUUUUGUCCUUCUAAUAUAUUGAGUCUAUCUUCUUCUCCCCUGA